AUGCAGGAAUGUGAUGGGGGAUGCUGUGUGACCCCAUCCCCGCUCCUGUCGUGUAAGUGUGCCGGAAGUUUGGCGGAUGCGGCCCCCCCCCUACACGGAAUCGUACGAAUAAUACCGUAUACGGUAUUUUCCUUUCGUCCGCCGCGCGGUGCUGUUUGUUCGGCUUGCGCAGCGUUGGAUGAACACAAACCUAGUUGUGAUCGUCUCGAUGAACUCGAUACGCACAGUCGUCGUGAUGUGAUCGUUCCCACACGCCGCCUCGACCAGUCUGUCACGAGUCCGUCAUACAGAAAAGACGUUCGCUUUUUUCUUCCAAGCCAAGAAAACGGACACGGAAUCGUAAAACGGGGUCCGACGUUGGAUUUUGGUUGGGGCACCCACCCUAUGCUAGUGCUUCGCGUGGCCCAACGGCAAUCGCGGAGUUUGUGUGCACGGGUCCGGACGGCACCCACGCGUCUUCGUCCACCGCCGACACGAACGUUCGCCACGACCAAACCGGACGAAGAGCGGAAUCGUACUGCGGAUACUACCGAAUCCUUUCAAGAUACGAUACACCGGUUGCAGAAUGAAGAGAACGAAAAAGUACAAGACAGUGGGUCGAACGAAAAAAGUAGUACCAGGAGUAUCCUGCCCGACAACUUCCUGGCGACACUGGCCGACCAGUGGGGAGGCUUUCGCAAAGAAGUCGGUCACACGUGGAAUGAGCUCGUUCGAUCGGGACAACGCAAAGACAUUAACAAAAAGAUUCACCCCGUGGCAACUGCCGAAGGCGAGAAGCCCUACACGGGUCCGGUAGAAAUUAUGGUCAUUGAGGAAGCGGAGCAUUUGACGGCGUGGGAACGAAUGCAGAAGCGACUCACGGCGGCACCCAUUAUUCAGGACAUCUUGUCACGAACUGAAGAAAUAUACGACAAAUCUGGAGCCCGAGACGCCAAGGCCAGGGUGGAUCAUAUUCGGGAAGACGCCAAAGAAGCCUGGGAGACGUCACAAAAUCCAUGGGUGUACCGAGUAUCGUCCGUAUACGAUACCCUGACGGCAGAAUCGCCGGAAACCCGGGCCGUCAAGGAGCUGCGACAGCUCGAUCCAGAAUUCACUCUGGAAGACUGGAAGGCGGAUGUCGUUGAACACACGUUGCCACAAAUUAUGCAGUGGUUUUUGGAAGGACGCAUCAAUCAACUGAAGCCGUGGCUGGGAGAGGGCGUGUUCAAGCGACUUGCAGCAGAAAUGACGGCAAGAGAAAAGGAAGGCGUACAGAUUGAUACAAACUUGCUGGGAAUCAUGAAUUCGGAGAUUUUGGCCAUUGAGCCGGAUGAAGUCAACAGGGGAUCGCCUAUUAUCAUUCUGCAUUUCAUGGCGCAACAAAUUAACUGUGUGAAAAAGAAGAAAGACGACGAGAUUGUGGAAGGAGCCGAGGACGAUAUCCGGGCGAACUCGUACGUGACUGCUUUUCAAAGAGAAUACGACGAAGAAAAGGGUGAACUGAACUGGAAAAUUGUCGACUUUCGAUUCAAUGGAGCUAUUGCCUAUCUAUAGCGGAUAAAUAGCGACAAAAGCGGAGUGUGUU